AUGUCCCGGAAGGCGCCGCGGGCGGAGGUGUGCGCCGACUGCAGCGCCCCAGAUCCUGGCUGGGCCUCCAUCAACCGCGGGGUGCUCAUCUGCGAUGAGUGCUGCAGCGUGCACCGUAGCCUGGGCCGCCACAUCUCCAUCGUCAAGCACCUGCGCCACAGCCCCUGGCCCUCCACCCUGCUCCAGAUGGUGCACACUUUAGCGAGCAAUGGGGCCAACUCCAUCUGGGAGCACUCACUGCUGGAUCCAGCCCAGGUGCAGAGCGGGCGCCGAAAGGCAAACCCCCAGGACAAAGUGCACCCCACCAAGUCAGAGUUCAUCCGCGCCAAGUACCAGAUGCUGGCCUUCGUCCACAAGCUGCCCUGCCGGGAUGAUGAUGGUGUUACUGCCAAGGACCUCAGCAAGCAAUUGCACUCGAGCGUGCGGACAGGCAACCUGGAGACCUGCCUGCGCCUGCUCUCACUGGGCGCCCAGGCCAACUUCUUCCACCCGGAGAAGGGCACCACACCGCUGCACGUGGCUGCCAAGGCUGGGCAGAUCUUGCAGGCAGAGCUGCUUGUGGUUUAUGGUGCUGAUCCUGGAGCACCUGAUGUGAACGGCCGGACCCCCAUCGACUAUGCCAGGCAGGCAGCCCAGCACGAGCUGGCAGAGCGGCUGGUGGAGUGCCAGUAUGAGCUGACAGACCGGCUGGCCUUUUACCUCUGUGGCAGGAAGCCAGAUCACAAGAAUGGACACUACAUCAUUCCGCAGAUGGCUGACAGGGUGCGCCCAAAGUGCAUGGCACAGAGCCUGGACCUCUCUGAGCUGGCCAAGGCAGCCAAGAAGAAGCUGCAAGCACUCAGCAACCGCCUCUUUGAGGAGCUGGCCAUGGAUGUCUAUGAUGAGGUGGACCGGCGGGAGAAUGAUGCGGUCUGGCUAACAACACAGAACCACAGCACACUGGUGACAGAGCGCAGCGCUGUCCCCUUUCUCCCUGUCAACCCUGAGUACUCAGCCACACGCAACCAGGGCCGGCAGAAGUUGGCCAGGUUCAAUGCCAGGGAAUUUGCCACUUUGCUCAUCGACAUCCUCGGGGAAGCCAAGCGCCGUCAGCAAGGGAAAAGUCUGCUGAGCCCCACAGACGCCCUGGACUACUCACUGCGGAGCCAGAGUGAUCUGGACGACCAGCACGACUACGACAGCGUUGCCUCUGACGAGGACACAGACCAGGAGCUGCUGCGCAACGCCUCUCGCAACAACCGUGCCAGGAGCAUGGACUCCUCCGACCUCUCGGAUGGCCCCAUCACGCUGCAGGAGUACCUGGAGGUGAAGAAGGCUCUGGCUGCCUCUGAGGCCAAGGUGCAGCAGCUGAUGAAGGUGAACAACAGCCUGAGCGAUGAGCUGCGCCGGCUGCAGCGCGAGAUCCACAAGCUGCAGGCAGAGAACAUGCAGAUACGGCAGCAGACAGGUCCCACACACCCAGCCCCGGCCGCCAGUGAGCGUCCGGAGCAUGGUCACCCCCCGGGCACGACACCCCCCCACCGCAGGGACCGUCAGGCCUUCUCCAUGUACGAGCCGGGCUCGGCACUGAAGCCCUUUGGGCAGCCGGUGGAGGAGCUGGUGACGCGGCUGCAGCCCUUCAGUGCCAGCGAGAUGGAGGACGAGGCUCUGUACCCCAUGCACAUCUCAGCCAGCAUGUACCGGAUCCGGAAAGGUCCAUCUAUCUCCUCUGUGCCCUUUCCCCCAUCCUCCCCACUGCUCUCCUGCCCGCCUGACAGUGCCCGGCAUAUGAGCAAGCUGGACCGGCAUGGUAGCGGCACUGACAGUGACUAUGAUAACACACAGGCGGGUGAUGUCCUGAUCAGCAUGGAGGGGAAACGGUUUGUGGAGCUGAACAAAGAUGAGGACUUCCCACAUGAACUGGACCCGCUGGACGGGGAGUUGGACCCUGGGCUGCCCAGCACAGAAGAUGUCAUCCUCAAAACUGAGCAGGUCACCAAGAACAUCCAGGAGCUCCUACGGGCAGCACAGGAGUCCAAGCAUGACAGCUUUGUGCCCUGCUCGGAGAAGAUUCACUCAGCUGUGACGGAGAUGGCAUCACUCUUCCCUAAGAAACCAGCGCUGGAAACAGUGCGGAGCUCCCUGCGGCUGCUCAAUGCCAGCGCCUACCGGCUGCAGAGUGAGUGCCGCAAGACUGUGCCGCCAGAGCCAGGCACUACCGUAGACUACCAGCUCCUGACCCAGCAGGUCAUCCAGUGUGCCUAUGACAUUGCCAAGGCCGCCAAGCAGCUGGUCACCAUCACCACCCGCGAGAAGAAGCCGUGA